GUCGCCAUUGGAGUUUAUGAUUGGAGUGCAAGUUUGUGAUUUUCUGGUGCAUGUGAGUUGUUGGAUGAUUGACCUACAAUAGGUAUCCCUGGAUUGGUCCUGUUGUUACAAGGUUGUAGUUCUUUCAUUCAAAGGUGUAAAAAUUGGACCUUUGUAAGACGGUGUCGUUUAGUUGUGUGUUUUUGAAUUGCGAGAUUGGAAUGCAUUUAUUAAAUCUCAUCGUAACCUUUACCGUCCUCCAGAAGAAUUGGCGGGAUUGAGUGCAGCAUCACUUUCAUCUCAGGUAUACGCAUUCUUCUCUGCUCUAUGCUCUCUGCGCACUAACCUUUCAAUUUUGUUCCCAACCUCAACAAAAGGAGAUUUUUCUUGCUUUCUUGUAAUUUAUGGGAAGGAAUGCGAUGGAUGGGAACGACACAUGUUGGGACAAAGUCAUUGCAGAAAUGAUUGAAAUGGGUUUCGAGUAUUCGAGCAUAGUCGAAGCCAUUAAAGUAGUGGGUCCAUCUGUUCCCAGCGCUGUGGAACACAUUCUCAAGUCUACUACUGACGAAGCAUCCACUACCCACACCUCCAAUUCGCAUGCCCGCAAUGGGAAUGCUCUCAAAAAGCGACCUUUGCGUAAGUGUUUAGUUCGACAAUCCAAUAUAAUAUUCGCGAACCGUUUCCAUUCCAAUGACGAUGUCAAAGAACACAGGAAGGAACUCCCUCAAUUGGGAAUUAAACCCAAUCCCAGUGUGCUUUCAGAGCCUUUUGAAGCGCAAGAUUUGGAUGUUGAAUCUGAUUGGGAGCAGAAGACUAGUAAUCUGAUGAAAAAGCAUUUUGGUUUUUCAUCUUUGAAGUUUCAGAAGGAAGCCAUCUCUGCCUGGGUUGCUCACAAAGACUGUCUUGUCCUCGCUGCAACAGGAUCCGGGAAAUCUCUGUGCUUUCAGAUUCCUGCAUUGUUGUCUGGGAAAGUGGUGGUUGUGAUUUCGCCCUUGAUAAGCCUCAUGCAUGACCAGUGUUUAAAGCUGACUGGACAUGGGAUCAGUGCGUGCUUUCUUGGCUCCGGGCAACCAGAUAAUACCGUUGAACAGAAAGCAAUGAGAGGAUUGUAUAGUAUAGUGUAUAUUUGCCCAGAGACUGUUCUAAGAUUGAUUCAACCACUGCAGAAGCUUGCAGAAAGUCGUGGUAUUGCUUUAUUUGCAAUUGACGAGGUACACUGUGUUUCGAAUGGGUGCAAAAGGAGAGGAUUUCGUCAGAUUACAAGGCGACUGUCUGUGCUGAGAGAAAAUUUCAGUACAAGCAAGCUAAAAUCCUUAAAAUUUGAUAUACCUUUGAUGGCCUUAACAGCUACAGCUACAAAAAGAGUACGAGAAGACAUUUUAAAAUCAUUGCAAAUGUCAAAAGAAACGAAAGUUUGCCUUACAUCAUUUUUUAGACCUAACUUACGAUUCAUGGUGAGUUUGUUCAUUACUAUAACUUGUAUAUUCUUCUCUGAAUAUAUCAUCUCUUGUUACAAUAGAAAAGAUUCACUGUUGUUUCUUACAGGUAAACAUAUCAAGUAUCAAGGCUUCUUAUGCAAAAGAUUUUCAUCAUUGAUUCAUGUAUAUGGUAGAAAGAAAAAUAUUGAUGAAAAUGAAAAGGUUUUCAUCUCAGAUGAUUCAGAUCAGUUUUCUAAUAGCUCCGAUGCUAGUAGUAUCUCUGAUACAGACAGUGUUUCACCUGAUGACAUGGAUGACAACCAAGAUGAUUAUGCUUAUAGUGAUAUUAAUAUAAUGCACUCAGGAAACUCUGAUGACUUUUUAACUGGGAAAGAACUGUCAAUUGAAUUCCUGGAGAAUGAUAUCGAUGCCUUUCAAAGUGUGGAUAACUUAGAUGUUGCCCGUGGUGACUUCCGUGUGCUACCUCACAAGGAAUUGCAAUUAUCCAAGAACACCAACACACCUAAGAAACCAGAAAGAAGAGUAAAAAUUCAUAAUGAGCCUUUGGAACAAGGACCAACAAUCAUAUAUGUACCCACCAGAAAAGAAACUCUGAGAAUUGCGAAGUACCUAUGCAAGUUUGGUGUGAAGGCAGCUGCUUAUAAUGCAGGGCUUCCCAAAUUGCAUCUAAGAAAGGUUCAAAAAGAGUUUCACGAAAAUAGUUUAGAGGUUAUUGUUGCUACAAUAGCUUUUGGAAUGGGUAUUGACAAAUCAAAUGUCAGAAGAAUCAUCCACUAUGGUUGGCCACAGAGUUUAGAAGCAUACUACCAAGAAGCUGGACGAGCUGGUCGAGAUGGGAAAUUAUCAGAUUGCAUUCUGUAUGCAAACCUAGCAAGCAAGCCGUUUCUUUUGCCUAGUCGAAAAAGUGAAGAUCAGAAAAAACAAGCAUAUAUUAUGUUGUCUGAUUGUUUCAGAUAUGGAAUGAAUACUUCAUGCUGUCGACCAAAGAUUCUCGUUGAAUACUUUGGAGAGGAUUUCAGUCAUCAGAAAUGUCACUUAUGUGAUGUGUGCAUUGAUGGUCCACCUAAAAAGCAGAAUCUAAAAGAGGAGGCCUGUAUUUUUCUGCAAACUAUAGGUGCCCAAAAUCAGGGGCGUAGGGAUUCCAAGGAUUACUCAUAUGACGAUGAUAUACAUUUUGACUACAAUUACAGAGGACAAGGAGAGAGGCCGAAUCUUAGGAUGUUGGUUGAAAAAAUAAGGCAGCAGACUUGUUUUCACUUGAGAAAUGUCCGUAUACAGUUUCAAAAGUUUUCAACCACUGACAUGUUAUGGUGGAGAGGACUUGCUCGAAUUUUGGAAGUUAAAGGAUACAUCAGAGAAGGAGAUGACAAGACCCAUGUUCAGGCAAAAUUCCCGGAAUUUGUGAGGUCCAUGAAUGAGGAAGCUUUCUGGGUUUACCCUGAAGCAGAUAUGUUGCUUGCAAGAAAAUUAACUGAGAAACCAUUUUCCUCAUUCUCAGAAUGGGGAAAGGGUUGGGCUGAUCCUGAGAUCCGUCGCCAGCGCCUAGAAAGAAUGGGAGUGAAGAGAAAGUCAGGGAUGGUGUCAAGCUCCAAAAGGAAACGAAAGAGAAAAGUGCAACAUGAUUUCAGAACUUCUCGUGGCAGACUAACAGCAAAACUCUCAAAAUAUAAGUCUGAGUUAAGAUUUAACUUGGUUAUUGUUGCUACAAUAGCUUUUGGAAUGGGUAUUGACAAAUCAAAUGUCAGAAGAAUCAUCCACUAUGGUUGGCCACAGAGUUUAGAAGCAUACUACCAAGAAGCUGGACGAGCUGGUCGAGAUGGGAAAUUAUCAGAUUGCAUUCUGUAUGCAAACCUAGCAAGCAAGCCGUUUCUUUUGCCUAGUCGAAAAAGUGAAGAUCAGAAAAAACAAGCAUAUAUUAUGUUGUCUGAUUGUUUCAGAUAUGGAAUGAAUACUUCAUGCUGUCGACCAAAGAUUCUCGUUGAAUACUUUGGAGAGGAUUUCAGUCAUCAGAAAUGUCACUUAUGUGAUGUGUGCAUUGAUGGUCCACCUAAAAAGCAGAAUCUAAAAGAGGAGGCCUGUAUUUUUCUGCAAACUAUAGGUGCCCAAAAUCAGGGGCGUAGGGAUUCCAAGGAUUACUCAUAUGACGAUGAUAUACAUUUUGACUACAAUUACAGAGGACAAGGAGAGAGGCCGAAUCUUAGGAUGUUGGUUGAAAAAAUAAGGCAGCAGUUUCAAAAGUUUUCAACCACUGACAUGUUAUGGUGGAGAGGUCUUGCUCGAAUUUUGGAAGUUAAAGGAUACAUCAGAGAAGGAGAUGACGAGACCCAUGUUCAGGCAAAAUUCCCGGAAUUUGUGAGGUCCAUGAAUGAGGAAGCUUUCUGGGUUUACCCUGAAGCAGAUAUGUUGCUUGCAAGAAAAUUAACUGAGAAACCAUUUUCCUCAUUCUCAGAAUGGGGAAAGGGUUGGGCUGAUCCUGAGAUCCGUCGCCAGCGCCUAGAAAGAAUGGGAGUGAAGAGAAAGUCAGGGAUGGUGUCAAGCUCCAAAAGGAAACGAAAGAGAAAAGUGCAACAUGAUUUCAGAACUUCUCGUGGCAGACUAACAGCAAAACUCUCAAAAUAUAAGUGAUCUUUAUCAGCUACUAAUGCGAUGCAUACAAUUUAUCCUGCAAGUGAACCUUUUCAACAUUAGGUGUAAAAUCACGAUCAAACAUUAGUGAUAUUUAUCAGCCACUGAUCCAACAACAUUAAAUGUUUUAACUCUGAAUAUUAUGCGAAUUAUUCAAAAAUAUCGAUCACCAGGUCUGAGUUAAGA